AAACUCAAAAGGGUGCAGGCACCACCAGCAGCACGCAGAUCCACAGGGACAGGCUCAAUCCUUCAAAGCAAGCGCAGGAACUCAUACUGGAGAGAGCCAGGCCCACACAAGGAGAAGUUGACCAACUGAGAAAGAACUGAAUGCGGGGAGUAAGGUGCCUGGGUGUAAAAGGCAGGGAGACCAGGAAAUCAAUGGAAAACUGCAGGGCAGAGCAGUGGACAAGGGGAAAGGCAAGACUAGGGGAAGUAUCUAAAACUAAAAGCAAAACAAUAAACUAGGGCCAGUGGCGGUUAGUGCAGAACAAAAUAACAGGAACUUGUGAGUCAGCGAAAUGAACCGUGAAAACAUCUAUGACGAUCUGACACAAGACAAGAGAAACAGGGAGUAUAAAGGGAAGGAAAUCAGAACUCAAACGAGAAACAGGAGGGGUGAGAGAGAAGACAAUGAGAAGAACAGAUGAUAAUCAUAAAGCAAACGAGAGACAGGAGAGGAGAGAGAAAAGAAAAUGAACAAGACCAGGUGAGCAGAAUGAAACAAUAAGGAGGAGAUUAACAGGUAACGAGGGGGAGGGGUCACACCACAAUGACAAGAAAGCACAUGGCAGGCUGUCAACCAGUCCAUUUGGGACCAAUGAGGUGGUAUUGUGACUGCGGACAUGGCACGAUGGUUUCAUUUCUUCCGCUUUUCUUUUUGCAGGAUUUUACCAGCGUUAAUGGUUUCGUGGACGUAAGGUUAACAUUAUUAAAGUUAACUUUUCCCCAACUACUUUUCAAUUGUCUGUUAUUUCUUCCUCACCAUGCCGUUGUGUUUGGUCGUGAGAUUCAUUUGGGUAGAGUGCGUGUACGCCAAAUGCGUAAAAGUUGUCCAUCCAGUAUAAUGGCUUCUGGUUACCUCAUGUCAGCUCCUGUGUGUUUUAUUGAAAAUGCUGAGAAAGAAAAGCUACUUGUGAGGAAAGAGGCACAGGACAGUCUAAAUGGGAUCAAUGUGCCGGUGGUCGUCGUGUCUAUAGUGGGACUCUACCGUACGGGGAAGUCUUUCCUUAUGGACCUUUUAGCAGGACAACAGUCAGGCUUUACUUUUAGUAACACUAUAUUGAAUCAAAGACCAAAGGCAUCUGAAUGUGGUGUCCCUCACCCAACUAAAGGAGGACACACUCUGGUGCUUCUGGACACUGAAGGAUUGGGAGACAUAGACAAGUGUUUAGAAGAAACAGAAGUCUUCAGACCUGAAUAUGUAGAAACGAAUGAUGAGAGCAAAGGAACAAACACGCACGGGCUAAUGGCUCCUCAUGAAGGUUCAAUCUCACAUCUGCAGCUUCCACACUAUGAAAAAAGGUUGCAGCCGCUCAAAGUGACAGAAACUCAUGUGAUUAUUGACAUCACAGAGAUCUCACUGUUUGGACUUCUAAAAAAGGGGAAAUUUUCUAAUUCUGUUCAGUCCCAAGUUCUCUUUCUCAGACCAAUAACUAUCAAGCACACAGAGAAAAAUAUAUCAGAGAAAAUUCUGCAUGUCCAAUUGCUGCCAGUGAAUGUUUUGCUUGUUAUAAAAACUGUAAUAAUUAUUAUUUCUGACUCAUAAUCAUACACAGACUUACUGGCUUUUUAAUAAAAUG